AUGAUCCGGACUUGUUUUCCCUCUCUCUCUCUCUCUCUGUCUGCAGCUCAGAUUGAAAUCAUUCCCUGUAAGAUCUGUGGAGAUAAAUCCUCGGGGAUCCACUAUGGAGUGAUCACCUGCGAGGGCUGCAAGGGUUUCUUCAGGCGGAGUCAGCAGAGUAACGCCGCCUACUCCUGUCCUCGCCAGAAAAACUGUCUGAUCGACCGAACGAGCCGCAACCGCUGCCAACACUGCCGCCUGCAGAAAUGUCUGACUGUGGGCAUGUCCCGAGACGCUGUAAAGUUUGGUCGCAUGUCGAAGAAGCAGCGGGACAGUUUGUACGCUGAGGUGCAGAAACAUCGUCUCCAGCAGCAGCAGCAGCAGCAGCAGCAGCAGCAGCAGCAGCAGCAGCAGGGCUCCCUCCUCCUGUCCCACCCCAGCCCGGGCGAGGCUGAGCCGCUGUCCCCGCACUACAGCCUCUCCUCCACCGGGCUCACGGAGCUGCCCGAUGAUCUGGGAGGCUACAUCGAACAGAACUCACCUGAGGGAGGAUCUGUGUCGUCCAAGGCGGACUCUGGUGGAGGAGGAGGAGACGGAGGAGGGGGAUUCUACCUGGACUUCCAGCCCUCCCCUGACCAGUCAGGGCUCGAUAUUAACGGCAUCAAACCAGAGCCGCUGUGCGACUAUGGAUCCGGUAACGGCUUCUUCCCGUACUGCUCCUUCAGCAACGGGGACACAUCACCCACCGUGUCUAUGGCUGAACUGGAUCACCUGGCUCAGAUCAUCUCCAAGUCUCACCUGGAGACGUGUCAGUACCUGAGGGAGGAGCUGCAGCAGAUGAGCUGGCAGAACUUCCUGAAGGAUGAAGUGGAGCGAUACCAGAGCAAGCCUCGGGAGUUGAUGUGGCAGCUCUGCGCGGUAAAGAUCACCGAGGCGAUCCAGUACGUGGUGGAGUUCGCCAAACGGAUCGACGGCUUCAUGGACCUCUGUCAGAACGACCAGAUAGUGCUGCUGAAAGCCG